GUCUCGCGGACCCAGAGUUCAACCGGAGGCAGCCAGGCAGGAGACCGCGAUCGCCCUCUUCUCGCAGGAGCGAGAGAAGAAGACAGGAAGAGAAGGGGGAAGGGGACGAUCCCCCGUCGACGUCGGGGAAAACGAGCGGGCCGAAGCGAGGCCUGAGCGCGCGCGACGUCGCCCGUCGCGGAAGGCCGAGAGAAGGCACUCUCUUCUCGGCCCGGUCCUUUCGGCGGAGGAAUUCUAGCUGGCGUGGCUCGGCGCGACCGCCGCCUCCACCUUCCUUCCUUCCCUCCACCCGGAGUCCAUUCAGAGACCUCCCUGGAUGGGACGGUCCGCAUACACCAUCGGUCUACUCGGUGCCCGGUCUGCGCGAUAUUUUGUGACUGCCUCUCUGUGCGGUGCUCGGUGCUUUAGCCUGUGCUUCUCGGCUCCCUAGACCCAUCGGAGGAAUAGGGAGGUCGACAUGACCCGGUUGGGAUUGCGAUUCGUCGCAUCCGCAGUUUGCCUGGCCGGGAUUGUUAGUGGGCAAUUCAAUCACACAUGGUCACCGGGUCCACCGCCGGUCGUGCCACUGGAACGAGAGGAAAGGGGCGAUAUCGGAGGGCCUACAAACGGUAACGAGGAUGAGGACUACGACAGAUCGUCAGAAUGGAAAUCUUUAAGAAGAGGGUUUAUCACGGACAACGAAGGAAAUGAGGAUUUGGAAAGGCGGAACGGCAGUUACGCAGCUGGCCAUUACAAUCCUGACGAAAGGACUCGGCAGUGGAAUCUCUACAGAAACAGAAGCGAUUCUCACAGUCAAUAUUACCCUGUCGAUCCGCGAGCUUACGAUCGAACGUCGGGCUACGAUAGGUAUCCUGACAGCGGCGGUGCGUCAGGAUCCGGAAAUGAUGAAAGUCGACCAAGUUAUCCAGGUUAUCCUGCAGGCGAUUACGAUACAUACAGCGGUGCCGGCGAAAGCGAGCGAGGAGGAGGUUCUUAUAAUUACGCUCAAGGUGGUUCUGAUGAUUCUUUUGGCGCGGGAGGUGCGGAUACCUAUCCCGGAGGCCGUGGAAGCGGAAACGUUGGCGGUCGUGGGGGCGGAGAUUCUUACAGUAGCGGUCGCGGAAGUGGAUCUGUUUACAGCGGCGGUCGUGGAAGCGGUGACGUUUAUAGCGGUCAUGGUUAUAGCGGGCGGGGUUAUGGUGCCGCCGGGGACGACGAGAAUUAUCCGAGCAAUUACCAGGUGGUACCGAUGCCUGGAGCGCCACGAAACUGCACCGGAUCGGGAUGCUGCGCGCCCAAGUGUUUUGCCGAGAAGGGAUCGCGGGGACCACCAGGAAUAAUCGGACCACAAGGUCCUAAGGGACAACGGGGAUUUCCAGGAGCAGAAGGUCUUCUAGGACCCAAAGGAGAGAAGGGAGAUCCCGGUCCGCAAGGUCCGUACGGUGCGAAAGGUGAUAGAGGAAAAAUGGGUAUGCCUGGGUUUCCUGGUAUAAACGGUGUGCCUGGAGUCCAAGGAUCUCCGGGCGCUCCAGGCUUGUCCGGUCGUGAUGGUUGCAACGGAACGGAUGGUGAACCCGGGCGUAAGGGUGUACCUGGACAACCAGGACCUCGCGGUUUGCGAGGUACACCGGGGCCUAAAGGAGAUAAGGGUCAGCCAGCAUAUGCUGGUGCUUUUCCGGUAGGUCAAAAAGGUGAACCUGGUUUGGAUGGUGUAAGAGGGCCCCCCGGUCCCCCCGGUUUUCAAGGAGAGCGUGGUCCGUCUGGCAUGAAGGGUGAACGAGGUCCCUAUGGUACUCCUGGAAUACCAGGUCCAAAAGGAGAAAAAGGAAACAUGGGUCUUGGAUUUGAAGGAUUAAAGGGCGACAAAGGUCAGAAGGGUGAAUCAGGGCCUCCAGGUACGACCGCGCCCAUCAUGCCGUUCGAGGGAGCCUCAGAUGUAAUAGGUCCACCCGGAGAAUCGGGACAAAGAGGAGAUAAAGGUGAAAUGGGACCGGAAGGACAAAAAGGAGAACCAGGAUUCAUAGGUGAUCAUGGUAUACCUGGAGGAUUAGGUCAGAAAGGAGAGAAGGGUCUUCCAGGUGCUCCAGGCAUUCGUGGUAGAGAUGGUUUCUCUGGACCUCCCGGACCUCCUGGACGAAAAGGUGAUCGAGGUAUUGACGGAUUGGAAGGACUUUCUGGACGACCCGGUAAAAAAGGAGAACCCGGUCGAGAUGGACCUAUGGGUUUUGCAGGUAUACGAGGGCCUCCUGGUCCACCAGGUGGUGGUAAAGGAAGACCGGGGCCACCAGGUCCGAAAGGACCACGUGGUUUUCCAGGGCCUACUGGACCGCGAGGAACAGACGGCUAUCCAGGAGAUCCAGGGCCAAGAGGACCCAUAGGUUUACAAGGAGGUCCCGGAUUGUCUGGAAUUCCAGGUCCAGAAGGCUUACCAGGAGAAAAAGGUGCAAAGGGUGAGCCUGGCUUGACUGGAUUCCCUGGAAGUCCAGGACAACGUGGAUUCGAUGGACCACCUGGAGCAGUGGGACAGCGAGGGCCACUAGGAGAAAAAGGAUUAUCAAUAAUGGGACCAAAAGGAAUGGAUGGAACGCCCGGCUACGAUGGAGAAAAAGGUCAAAAAGGAGAACGUGGUUACCCGGGUGUUCGAGGUUUACCAGGAGACUCUCUAGACGGUAUUCCAGGAGUACCGGGUAUAUCGGGUAAGGUCGGAGAACCCGGAACGCCAGGAAGAGACGGUAUACCAGGUCUUCGUGGAGAGAUUGGAGAGAAAGGCGAUAUCGGCGGUUAUUGUUCAGAUUGUUUACCGGGAUUACAAGGCGUUAAAGGAGAUCGCGGUUUUGAUGGUGCGCCCGGACAAUCUGGUCUUCGAGGGCCACCAGGAGAACGAGGUUUUCCUGGAGAAACUGGAGCGGAUGGUGUGCCAGGUUUAACCGGAUCUCCAGGACCACCGGGAAAAGAUGGUAUACCCGGUGCUCCAGGACCUCAAGGAGAGCAAGGAACUCCAGCUAUCGUAACAGAGAAUAUGCUUAAAGUGAAAAAAGGUGAUAAAGGAGAACCUGGAGAGUUUGGUCGACAAGGUCCGCUAGGACCAGAAGGAGCUAGGGGAGAAAAGGGUAAUCCUGGACUCGGAGGCUUCCCCGGGCUAAAAGGAACGGCGGGAGAUCGCGGUUUUCCUGGACAAGCUGGUGUACCAGGAACUCCAGGCGUACCUGGACGCAAGGGCGAGAAAGGAUUAAGUAUAAAAGGUGAACCUGGAGAAUCAGGUCGACCGGGAUUCACAGGACAGAAAGGAGAGCCUGGUUUAUACGGGUUUAAGGGUGAACCUGGUCAAUGUCCACCACUGGAUCUUACGAAAGGCUUCAAAGGUGAUCGAGGUUUAACCGGUGACAAGGGAGAACCUGGACCACCUGGAUUAGAUGGAUUACCUGGUGAUAAAGGAUUGCAAGGCUUCUCGGGGGCACCUGGUGCACUUGGUCCAAUCGGUGCUCCUGGACCUGUGGGUGCAAGAGGUUUACCUGGUCCACGUGGUGAUAAGGGUAACAUGGGUCCUAUGGGUUUCCCAGGAGAGUCUGGUCGAGAAGGACCUAGAGGUUUCCCGGGUGCUCCGGCUCCAAAGGGUGAUAAAGGCGAAUCUGGAAUAUCAGUUAAAGGUAGCCCUGGUCUAACAGGUCCUCCGGGUGAAAAAGGAGAGAAAGGUCUUCCUGGACCACCAGGAAAAGAAGGUCCACCUGGUAAUCAGGGAUAUCCAGGCUUUAAUGGCGAGAAAGGAGAUAUCGGCGCACCGGGAAUAAAUGGUUUGCCAGGAGCACCUGGUGAGAAAGGAGACACAGGUCUAAUUGGCCCACCUGGUCCUCCAGGUGUUCCUGGUAUUCCUGGAACGGAUGGAAUCAAAGGCGAGCGAGGAUUAAUAGGAGAGCCAGGCAGACAAGGUAUCCCUGGAUUCCCAGGAAUAAAAGGUGACCGCGGUGAACUAGGUGUCGAUGGACCAAAAGGAUUUGCCGGCAAACCAGGACCACAUGGCCCUCCAGGUAGACCCGGAAGUGAAGGUCAACCAGGUUUUAAGGGUGAACGCGGUGAGAAAGGUUCGCCAGGAUUCCCUGGAUUACCAGGUAUGGACGGAUUACCUGGUCGUCCUGGUAUAUCCGGUUUAAAAGGAGAUUGGGGACCACCUGGUACGCAUGGUUUACCAGGAAUCAUGGGUUAUGAAGGACUUAAGGGUGAUAUGGGUCCACCGGGUCCACCGGGAAGGAAAGGAGAACCAGGACAAGUCUCAGAAAAAGGACAGAAAGGUGAGCCAGGAAUGCCUGGAGUACGAGGUUUACCAGGUCCUCCAGGACAAGAUGGUUUUGAUGGACUGAAGGGCGAACCUGGUUUACCAGGUUACGGCAAAGACGGAUUACCUGGAUCACAAGGUGAGCCGGGUAUACUGGGUCGGGAUGGAUUGCCAGGAUCCCAAGGACAAAAAGGUGAUACUGGCGUACGAGGAUUCCCUGGAAUAAAAGGCGACUUUGGUCCACCGGGUAGAUCCGGAGAACCAGGUCCGCCCGGCAUAGAUGGACUUCCUGGAGAACCUGGCGAUAUCGGGCCAUCGGGAGUACCUGGUUACCCUGGACUUGAUGGUGAAAUGGGUCCUCCUGGACAACCUGGUCUCGAUGGUGUUAAAGGAGACCGCGGUUUACCAGGACUUAUCGGAUUGCCUGGUAUAUCUGGACCACUUGGAGAAAAGGGAGAUCGUGGUCCUCCGGGACCUACAAUCCAGAUUAAGGGUGAGAAGGGUGAGCCAGGUAUUCCUGGACUUUCUGGCGAAAGAGGAGAGAAAGGAGAUCGAGGUUUAGUAGGUACGCCUGGUUAUGAUGGUGAUAAGGGUGAUAGAGGUCUAUCUGGAUUGGGGGGAGCCCCUGGAUCUUUAGGUGCUCCCGGACCAAAAGGCGAACAAGGACCUCCUGGUAUUCCUGGAGGACCUGGAAUUACGGUAAAGGGCGAAAAAGGUUUGCCAGGUCUGUUGGGUAAACACGGUAGAGACGGAUUUCCAGGACAACCCGGUCAUAAAGGUGAACUAGGAUUGCCUGGUUUGCCUGGACCAAAAGGAGACAUUGGUCCUUACGGGCCAGUUGGACCACAAGGUGAAAAAGGAGAUCGAGGGCUACAGGGUCCGACUGGAUUUCCAGGACGUGAGGGAGCUCGAGGUCUCGAUGGUGUACCGGGCUUAUCUGGUGAUAGAGGACAGAAAGGUGAACAAGGACCGCCGGGAUUAUUUGGUGCUCCAGGAGAAACGGGAGAACCCGGUUUACCAGGACCAAGUGGAGUGGCUGGUUUCCCAGGAGAAAAAGGUGACAAAGGUUGGGAUGGUCUAAAUGGUGAACCUGGACUAAUUGGCGAGAAGGGUGAUAGAGGAUAUCCUGGUGCAGUUGGAUUAAUGGGUAUCGCUGGCCGCGAAGGUCCGAAAGGUGAAAGGGGUGAGGACUGUCUCGAACCGCCGAUGGGACCUAAAGGAGAUCGCGGAUAUCCUGGACCGACCGGACCGCCUGGUCAAUCGGGAGAGAAAGGACUUCCGGGUCCGCCUGGUUUCCCCGGCUUAGACGGCAUUAAGGGCGCCCAAGGUUUUAUCGGUCCACCGGGACCUCCUGGGCUAUCGGGAAUGCCUGGACCUGUCGGUGUGUCAGGUUUACCGGGUAUUCAAGGUCCCAUCGGUGCGCCAGGACUUGUCGGCGAGCCAGGUGCACCCUGCGAAACGACACCUGACUAUCUGACCGGUAUCCUUCUGGUCAAGCACAGCCAAAGUCAAAGCUUGCCGAUUUGCGAGCCGGGUCAUAUUAAACUCUGGGAGGGAUACAGUUUGCUCUACACCGACGGCGACGAGAGAGCGCACUCGCAAGACUUAGGUUAUGCCGGCUCGUGUGUAAGAAAAUUCUCAACGAUACCCUUCCUGUUUUGCGACGUCAACAACGUCUGCCAUUACGCUAGUCGCAAUGAUCGUUCUUACUGGCUAUCUACCAAUAGGCCAAUUCCCAUGAUGCCCGUCGAGGAGACGGCGAUAGAAGAAUAUAUCUCCAGGUGUGUGGUGUGCGAGGUUCCGGCUAAUGUGAUAGCGGUACACAGUCAAUCGAUAAGCAUUCCAGAAUGUCCGGCGGGAUGGACCGGUCUUUGGAUCGGUUAUAGUUUUGUAAUGCACACCGGCGCAGGUUCCCAGGGCGGCGGCCAGUCCCUGUCGAGUCCCGGUUCCUGCCUGGAGGACUUCCGCGCCACACCGUUCAUCGAGUGCAACGGCGCCAAAGGACACUGCCACUACUAUUCUAAUCAGUUCAGCUUCUGGAUGGUGACCAUAGAGGACGGCCAGCAGUUCAGGAGUCCCGAGAAACAGACCCUAAAGGCGGGCAAUCUUAGAUCCCGAAUAAGUCGCUGCCAAGUUUGUAUAAAGAAUACGUAAACGUGCGCGCCACCGUUUACACACGAAACACAUACACACAUACACACACACACACACACACACACACACACACACACACACACAC